UCAGUAUUUACUCAGUGGUGCGUGCUUGCUUGCCGAAGCCUUCAGAUUUUUCUAGCUGCGUUUGAAGUUCGCGUUUCGUCAGCAUUUUCCGUCGGAAAAGUUGAGUUUUCGCGAGGAAAAGUGGUGUUUUACAGUAAAAUGAACCAGUAAUUGUGUAGUGCAUGUGAAAUCGCGCGAAUUCAUGUCUGCAAAAUGAUCGAAUGUUGUAUUCAUUUGUGCCCGUCAAAUUCGUUCCGGGGGAGGCUCUCGUUCUAUCGCUUUCCGGUGAUUCGCUCGGACGAAAAUCGUCAGGCAUCGAUUGAGCGACGGGCUGCGUGGAUCCAAGCCGUGGGCAAGAAAAACAUUGACUGGGACCUGGCGGUGAUCUGCGGUAAGCACUUUUAUUCCGGCAGACCCUCGCAACUGCACGAAACAGACAAUGUCGAUUGGGUUCCGUCGCUGGAAAUGAACGGGGCUGAACGGAAUCAGAACGCGACAACACGGACUGCUGUGGGGGAAAAUGAAGCAGCAGCAGCACCUAGAAUCGCUCCGGGAUCUUUGGUGACAUCAAGCGUAGUUCUAGCGGCGGUGGCUAAAUCCAAAGCAGCACAGCAGCGAGAAUCGAAGGAGAAUCUAAUUAGAAGCAACUCGAAGAAAAUCUGCCGACUCUGUUUAGGGAAGGACGUCCGAUUGACUAGGCCGUUCGAGAAUGCUGGGGGUCCGGACGAUGAUCUCCUGCAGAGAAUCUACGAAUGUACUACCGUGAAGGUCAUGCUAAAAGAAAAAUAUCCAGCGGCAAUUUGUGCAAUAUGUGACACUAAACUGAAAGAGUACAGUAGAUUCCGUGAUAGGUGCAUCGAGAACGAUGAACUGCUACGGAGUAUUCUCGACGAGCAGGACAAACACGAGGAAAGCGUCGAAGAGGCGUUAGAGCCCAGUCCCGAAGAGCUCGUUAAAUCGGAAGAAGUGUCAACGGCGGACAUCCUUCCUGUGGAAUUCCACGAAUCGAGCGAAAUCAAAGAUCUCCAGCUGCAACUGUACGGAUCCUCGGACGAAAAUACUCUCAGUCAGAGUGAGUUUGCCAGUUCGGACACGGCCGGAUCAGUUACUCCAUUGCCGAAGAUCACCAGCGUGACCUCGAAUGCCCCAAAGGCACUGAAGGAUGCCAUCGCUAGUACAAGCAAUACCAAAUCAGCUUCAGCUGAAACGGAGCCUUCCGCUGGAGCUAAAACCCCGACUCCAGAAAAGGCACCUGUUCCGACCGUCAAACCCACAAUCAGCGUUAAACCGUUAUCUAUUCUGGCUGCGAAUCCUGUCAGGGUAGUUGAGCCGGCCACUUCCGACACGCUAGAAUCAUCAUCCGCUCCCAAGGAAGCAGACAAAAGUACUAGCGUCCCGGGCACUGCUAGCACAGAUGGACGGCAUGAGUGCCACAUUUGCUCGCGACCUUUCCGCAACUCUUACACACUUCGACGUCACAUGAAUUUGCACACCGAGGAAAAUCUUUACACUUGUGAGUACUGUAAUAAGAAGUUCAACGACCGGUCGAAUUGGAAAAUCCACCUUCGGGCUCACACCGGAGAUAAUCUGCUACGAUGUGCAGUUUGUUUCAAAACUUUCAUUUCGCCUUCAACGCUGAAGUAUCAUUUGCGAGCCCACCGGAAGCUAAAAGCGUUCGAGUGCAAGUUCUGUGUGGAGACAACCAGUUCCUACCAGGCCCUGUCGGAUCACCUUGCCACCAAGCACGCGGAUGUACGGGUGGAAGACUAUGCCAAGCACAUGGAGGAAGCCUUCGCCGCCGGCGAUUUCCUGAAAAUCGAAAUGGAUGCCGACGAAACGACCCUAUCGGCGGCGCUCGUAGCCGGCAUGAAUACCGAAAGCGAUGAAUCUGGCACGGAAGCGUCUCCUCGACGGCCUCCACCGUUGAUUCCGGCACCGAGUGCGACGGCUGUGGCAGCGGGUGCCUCCGUCAGUCACGGCAGCAGCAUGGAUGAGAUUAAAAUCAAAGAGGAAGUACCCGAUCUGGACGACAUUGCCAUCAAACAGGAACCGGUGGAUGAGGAAACUCUUGGUGCCUUGGUGGGUGGAAGCACCGGCAGCACGCAAGGGUUGUCGCAACAGCUGACUGCGUUGAUUCCGGCGAACGAAGAGGAAAGUCCUCCGGUGAUUCUAUUCCGGUGUGAUUACUGCAUGAAGAUCUUCAAGUACCUGUACGAGCUGCGAGUGCACAUGAAGAUACACAACGGCCCCAAACCAACCGCGGCGGACUCCGGUGUAAAACCGCCUCCAUCGAAGAAGCCCCGCCAUCCGUCGAUCGACGCAGACAUAGCCGAGCUAGCUAACGCCCCGCUUCCAGAGCAUGACUGCCCCAAGUGCGACAAGGCUUUCCGCACCGAAGAACUGCUCCGGGUUCACAUUGAAACCCACAAAUUGGAUGUCGAUGUCACGAAAGCCCGCAGCUGCAAAGUGUGCUUCAAAACAUUCAAGUGCGAACUGAAUCUGGUUUCGCACAUGAAGAAACAUCACGAGUAUGAAACUUUCGUUAUCGAACAGCAACAACUGGAAGCACAACAGGAAUCGGAACUGCCGCCCGUUGACGAGGACAAACCACAAUCGCCGGACAGCAGUAGUAACGACGCAGGGAAUCAAUCGCAGAGCGAAUCGGUAGACACCGCUGAAGGUGGUGGCGGAGGAAGCUCAUCGACCACCACGGAACGGAAGUGCGAAAUCUGCGCCCUCAGUUUCGACUGUGCCUACAAGCUGGAACAGCAUGUGAUGACCCACUUCAAGAACAACGAAGCGGUCGCGUUUGUGCCAUCGGCCGAUCGGCCCUACAAGUGUACCGAGUGCCAUAAGCGGUUCAAGCGGAAGGACUACCUGCUGAUCCACAUCCGGACGCACACCGGCGAGCGGCGGCACAAGUGCGACAUGUGCUCCAGUGCCUUUGUGCAUCCGUCGAAUCUGAUCACCCACCGAAAGUUGCACUCCAACGAGCGACCGUUCAAGUGCGAUCUCUGUCCGGCGGCCUUCAAACUGUACGCCGGGCUAAAGAUACACCGAAAGCGGUGUGUGCUCAAGUAUCUACAGGAAAAUAGCGUUACGGUGACGUAGGAGGACGAGUGGGGAGGGAUGUUUUAGGCUUAGGGUUAGAAUUAUAAAAUGAGCGUUAUGAAAGCGAAUAUUACUUCCCCAAGUUAUAAUGAUUGCAUGUAAAAUGUGCGCGUUUUUUUCGGUCUCCGUGUAAAAUUGUAAUUGCUUAACGAUCAAACUCGUUUUCCUUUUCAAAGUUCUCACUAAUUUUGUUUGAUUUUUACGUCUUUGCUUUUUUUACAGCUAUUUGACUGUUUUGCUUCUUUAAGUUUUUCCUUUUUGUGCUAGAUUUAUACCUAAUUGUUCAAAAUUCUUCCUUGAUGUCAAGUCUUAAUUUUUUUAGUCUUGGACGAUUACAAAUUAUAUCUAACAAAAAAGCUAAUGUAAUGAAUGGAACAAUCGGUUAGGUGACCCUUUUUUGUAUAUACCUCUGUUACAAAUUCUAUUGUAAGUUCUAACUUUUGUAAAACAGUUUACAAUCCUACAAUGAAACUGUAGAAACAUAUAUUUUAAUUAAAAAGUACAAUCUAUAA